UGCAGCAUUACUUCUGGGCACCAAAUACGUCAUUGCACUGAGAAAGUAAGAAUUACCCGGCAUCAGCCAUCAGGUAUAGUAGGUAUGGUACUCGCAGCUCGCUACUUUGCUGACAUGCGCUGUGCGCGUGCGCAGGUAAGCGAGUACGUGAAACUUCCGCUAGGGGGGAAAUCGACAACACACAACACUUCGAGCGCCGGUGAAAAUUCUGAGCUUCAUGCGACUCAUCAGUGCAUAGGCGAACGUCGUAUGGCGUACCUGAUGUGUAAGCGUGCCAUACUGCAGAACAGUUUAGUUUUAUACUGACUUGAAAUACAGUUGUUUGGUGUAACGGUUUGAGUGACAAAUAUUGUUUUUUCAAAUAAACUUGUGUAAAGCGCACGAACAAAAUGACGAGCCAAGGAAAUCAUAAAAAAAGUCGUCCGUAUGUGAGAAUCAUCGAACAACCUGCCAAAGCUAUUAGAUUUCGAUAUGAACGCGAAGGAAGAGCUGCCGGGAAACUUGACGGAGAGAUGACUACGGAUCAUCAAAAGACAUAUCCUACGAUCAAGAUAGAAAACUACAAAGGUCCCGCUCAAGUAGUUGUAUCUUGCGUAUCGAAAGAUCCGCCUUACUAUCCUCAUCCCCACAAUCUCGUCAGCACUGGCAAGCAAGUCUCAAAUGGAAUUCGAAGCUUUAUAACCGACACCCAGGAAAUGAUCGUGCGAUUUCAGAAUCUCCGUAUACAAUGCGUCCCUCGCAAAAAUAUGGAAAGCUCGCUAGAGGUGAGAAAGUCGUUAGGAGUGGAUCCCUUCAAAACCGGAUUUGACCAGGAUCUAGACGAAAUCGACAUCUGCUCCAUCAGACUGUGCUUCCAAGUUUUUCUGGAAGGAAAAGAGAAAGGAAAAUUUAAUGUACCUCUGACGCCCGUUGUAUCCGAGCCGAUUCAGAACCGUCGAGCUAAAGCGGCGCCUUGGAUAGACUACAUAAGCCACAGAUCGGCAACUGCUGAUGGCGGAACCGAGAUGUGUAUACUCUGCGAAAAAGCGACAAGAGAGGACAUCGAAGUACGCUUUUAUAGACAGGAAAAUAACUGGGAGGCAAUAGCCGAGUUGAUACCGCCGAACGUUUACAAGCAGAUAGCAAUUGUAUUCAAAUCACCGAAGUACCCGGACACAGAAAUUUCGGAACCGGUGAUUGUAAUGGUACAGUUGCGACGCAUCUCCGAUGGUGAAAUGAGUGAUCCUCUUUCCUUUCGAAUCAUGCCGACAGAAAAAAAUGCACGCAAUCAGGCAAAAAGAAAACGGUCCUAUGAGAAAUUUGAGCUCGCUGAACAGAUCCAAGCUGAAGCUUUAAAAUUCGACGCGCAUCUUCUAGUCGGCCCAGAUGAUUCAUGGAUGCAGCCAGAAACGAAAAUUAAACCAGCGAAACCGUUUAUUCCCGUGGUAACCAUAAAAAACAACGAACUCAACGAAAUGAGGAAUCAAGCUCUCAUGCAGCCUGCAACUUUGGACAAUGAAUUGAAUAACAUCAAUAAUGUAGCAUUCGACUAUUCAAAUUACACCCAGAAAGCCCAAACAAACGGCGUGUAUGAACCGCACUAUUCGCUCAACAAGUCGCAACAAUGUCAAAACUCUGCGGAGCUUUAUUCGGAUACCCUUACUGACGAUAGCUGGAUCAAAGACAUAAUCAGCACACUAGAUCUGCAGGAAUUUUCACUACCGACGCCGCAGAUCGCUUCAAAAUGUACGGACAACUUUGCUUUCGAGCUAGCAACGAAAUGUAUGCAUUUCGAGCAAAUGACAGCACAAAAUAACUUUGCCAAUGACCAGCAAAUUUAUGUUAAUUCGAGGAAUCAAUGUAAACAGAGGCAAAUGGAUCAAAAUAUAAGCGAUUUGGCUGCAUCCGUUUCCGGAAACCUAUCCAACCUAAAUUUUGCUGAUCUUAUCAAGAUAGAUGAUAUGGAUAAUGUACUAGCGGAAACGAACAUCGAUAAAAUUUUCAAUCGGCUGCAGGACAUCGACUAUUUAACUCCUUUGAUGGAAGAGGAGAAUGUUGCACAGAAUAUAAAUCAACCAAUAGAGAUGCCAAUCGAGACUUUGAUACCCCCUCAUCUCUUAACAUAGGGAAGUCGGCACUUACAGCUCGCAUACAGAAAAGAGUUUAAAAAAUUUUGUAUCAUUUCGCCUAAGCUUAUAACUGAAUCAACACGUCUGAUACGUAAACUCGCGAUCAUACCGCACAAAACUGAUCUGCGCGAAAAGUUAAAAGCAAAGACAUAAUUGUAACGGUGAUAUUCCUAUGAGCAAACAAGAAAAACUAGCGGGUGUGCAGUAUAUCGAGUAACGGUACACUUCACGCGCGAUAAAUGAUAAUGUUAUAAAAAUGAGCCUCGCUGCUCAGCAGGUAUAUAUAUAUUCUUAUGGGAGGAGCCGUUGCCGCGCGCGCAAGCUGCAGGAAAGGUCGUCGCGGAAAAUACUUGCCUGCGCGCAUAUUACAUAGCCGAGAGGGGAAACGCUGAAAAGAGAGGAAUAAAAGAAGCGCAACGGGAGAGUGGACUUAUCCCAUAGGUAUACACACUACCUGCGCACUGCUCUCUGGCAACUUGUUCGUACUCGCUUACCUCAACCUCGUGCCUGCGAGGGGAGAAAAAUGCCGUAGGUGUGGAAUCCAGAGGCAUUCGCGCGCGUCCGCAAGAGAGUAUUUACCUUAAGCGUGUGAAAGGUUGCGGCCCACGGGCCUGAUCGGUGUGCAACUCAUGAUGCUUUCGUUAUUUUUAAUUGCAUCUAUAUACGAAUUUUCUGGGCGGUGCGUACUUUGAUAUUUUAAUAAUACAUUUGACACAGUUUAACGCAAAAGUAUACAUAUCCAGCUGCACAAUUAAAAUUUUGUUUAGACGGAACGUAAUGUGUGCACGCAUGUCUACUGAAAAUGAUCGUGUAAGAAGAGCUAAAAGUGCUGAAUUGGUUGCAUUAUUGAAUUAAAACCUGAUUGGUAAAAAUCGCAUAAGCCAUAUAGUUGAAACGAAUUAGUUUUCAUUGUAUUCGAUUGUAUUUGGUCAAUGUUUUGCUUUCUUUCUCGGAAGCCUAGUAAUAAGUAGUAAUUGUUUGAGUUUGUGUAAAAACAUAUAUAGGAAGUGUAUUUUAUACAUUUUUGUCGAGUGUGUGUGUGUGUGUGUGUCCGUUCGUCUAUAUUUUUCUUGCAAUCUAGAUAGUUCUUAUAAAGGCAAAAUUUGUAAUCAGUUAUUUUUACCCGAGCAUUGCAAGAAGGUGUAAAAUAUUUGGUUUAAAAAAAGGAGAAAUUAAGGCAUCAGUAUUGAAAACCGAUUGAUAAUGUAGGUACGUACAUUGCAUAAUGUACUAUGAUAUUAAAAAAAGAACCAAUAAACUGUUAAAACAAGA